GAUCUUGCUGUGUUUACCUUCAAAGGGUACUUAAACAGCGAUAGUUCGGUAUCUUCUGGACGAAACUGUUCCAAACGCCUGUCAGUCGAAUUCUAGUGGGAUCGUCCAUCAUUUACUUACUUUUGUUGGCUGAAAUUUGAGGUUCGAUGACUUACACACCUAACAGUCGCACAACCAUUGACCAAGAGGUCUUCAAAUGGGUAAAGCAGCAAAAGCAAAAAGACAAGGUUGUUACAGUCAAUCUAAUACGUCAAAAAGCUUUCGAACUAGGUCAAGAACUAGAUCCAAACUUUAAAGCAUCCUUGAAUUGGUACAACAAUUGGAAAAAGCGCUAUAACUACUGUGAAUCUCCUGAAGCUGAGGCUCUGAAACAUAAAAAGAGACACUACACAGCAGCUUUCAAGCUUCAUGCUGUCCAAAGAGCUGCUGAGAUGGAGUCGGCCAGUCAGGCUGCAUUGGAGCUGGAUGUAUCGAGGAGGUGUCUUCAGAGGUGGACGGAAGAGGUUGAGCUCAUCUCCAGCGUGGCCGAACAUUCAUCCAACGCUGUAUACAGACGCCCGGGUCAGGGUCGGAAGGUUGUUGACGAGAAUCUGGAUAAGGAAUUAGUAGAGUGGCUGAAAGAGGCCUGGAAACAAGGGGCAAACAUCACUGUGAACAUGAUUCGAGAGAAAGCAAUUGAAAUGUCUCAUGCAUCUAGCUUUAAAGCCUCUCUGGGAUGGUACAUGAAAUGGCAGAAAAGACAUGGCAUUGACUUGAAAGAACGCACAUGCAACCCACCAGCUAGUGAGACAGCGUCACCACUCAAGCUACGUCUAUUACAAGAUGGAGAGGUGUUUUCUUACAGUCCAAGUGCCCCGGCCAGAAAAAAACGCAAGACAAAUAAAUCAAGAUUGAGUUAUGACGAUGAGGCUCUGUUAGAGAAUGAUGAAGAGUUUGAUCGGCAGCUGCUCACCUGGUUGGUCGAAAGAUGGGAGGCGGGAGAUAUAGUGACGGACAAGAUGGUGAAGGAUCGAGCAAUGGAGCUCACCACUAACCCAGACUUCAAGUCCACUAAACCAUGGCUGAUGGCCUGGAAGAGAAAGUACAACAUCUCUCUAGAAAAUCAGACAUACGGCAAUGAGGGUGAUGAUGAAGCUGAAGAGAUCAUUGAAGCAAGUGAGGUGUACGACCAACAAGUGUUGCUGGAAGACCAACAGGGACCCUCCACUUCUGGGGCUACUGAAGACCCUCUCACACCCACUAAAGAAGAGGCUGCCACUGCUCUAGCAUCUCUCUCAGCCGAGGAUCACGAAGCUACUGGUAUCGAAAUUGCCGAAGCUCUUCAAAAACUAGCCAAUGCUUUUGGAAUUGCAACUCAGGAUGGAGCUAAAGAGGCCAUGGCCCAAUUAACCGCUGCUUAUCAAGGGGAAAACCCCGAGUUCCUUCUUGAGGGUGGUGAGCAAGUUGCUGUUGAGGAGGUUAUCUCUGAGGAAGUGGUCACCGAUGAGCCUAUGGUUGUCAUUGAGGAGAGUGCAAUACCCAGCACAGAGUCCUUGGUCAGCGAAAUCACCACUACCCCUGUGAUUAGUGUCUCAACGAGCUCUACUUCUGGGGACAGUAUUGUGAUUGAGACCCACACUGCACCUAUAGUGAGCAUUAGAACCUCAGAGCAAAUCCAGGUAACAUCAACACAACUCCAUACAUCUAUGUGCUCUGAAGAGGUACAAAUUCAGCCUGAACAGUUGCACGUAUCCAGUGAAAGUAUGGUGGUAGCGACUAGCUCCUCUGCUGAGGGGUAUAUCAGUGAGGAGGUGAUCAUCAGCGAGCCGGCUGAGGACAAUGAAGAUGUGGAAGUGUUGGUGGAAGAGGACGGAUCGGGCAUCGUGUUUGUGCCAACCACAUCACAGGAGCAGCCAUCUUCAAUGUCAGCUAUCACUGUCUCAAGUGACCCCACUAUCAUCACUGAGGUCGUCACAACUAGUGAAAUAACGUCAACUCCUAUCGUUAGUGACUUCCACAUCCCUGGAAAUCAGGAGGUGACAAUUGAGAAUGUAUCUCUAGCUACCCUCUCGUCAGCUUCCCCUCGGGAACUAAUCGACAUCGUACAAGAGUCCAUCACGGGAGUAAACUCAGAAGAAGUAAAAGACAUUGCUGUGAAAGUUUACGAUGAUGACUUCACGCAAAAGGUAGUCGCUCGUGCUAAGGAAUUGGACUCUGUACCUCAAGCAGCUGCUGAAUUUUCUUUGCCGCGGAGAGUUGUGGCCAGCUGGCUUGUUGAAAAGACUAAGGCUUCAAAGACAGCAGAAGGAAAGCGCUAAAAAUAUUCAAGGACAUUAUUGAUCCGAAUAAUUAUAUCACAUUUGUUAAUUAAGCCGGAAUUGUUGCUAUUAUUUAUAAGCAUGAGCUGUUUUUAUUAUUAUUCAGUCAUAGUCCAUAAUUAUGUUGCCAUUC